UUCCCCAGUGUGACGACCCAACCAGCGCUUCGGUUGUUGCUUUUCAUCACUUUCCGCGGGGAAGUGUGUAAGGGAUAGGGGAAACUUUGAAAGUUGGAUGCUGCAGAACCCGGUUCUUUUUCUUGCUGCAUCUGGAGGCAUGGGUAGCAAGAAACUAAGACGAGUGGGUUUAUCACAAGAGCUGUGUGACCGUCUGAACAGACAUCAUAUCGUUACCUGUCAGGACUUUCUAUGUCUUUCUCCACUGGAGCUUAUGAAGAUGACUGGCCUUAGUUAUCAAGGUGUCCAUGAACUUCUGUGUGUGGUUAGCAGGGCCUGUGCACCACAGAUGCAAACGGCUUAUGAGAUAAAGACACAGAGGUGUGCUGCUCACUCAUCUGCAUUUUUGUCUACAACCCUGUCUGCUUUGGAUGAAGCCCUGCAUGGUGGUGUAGCUUGUGGAUCCCUCACAGAGAUUACAGGUCCCCCAGGUUGUGGAAAAACUCAGUUUUGUAUAAUGAUGAGCAUUUUGGCUACAUUACCUACCAACAUGGGAGGAUUAGAAGGAGCUGUUGUGUACAUUGACACAGAGUCAGCAUUUAGUGCUGAAAGACUAGUUGAGAUAGCAGAAUCUCGUUUUCCCAGAUAUUUUGACACUGAAGAAAAACUACUUUUGACAAGCAGUAAAGUUCAUCUUUAUCGGGAACUCAGCUGUGAUGAAGUUCUACAAAGGAUUGAAUCCUUGGAAGAAGAAAUUAUUUCAAAAGGAGUUAAACUUGUGAUUGUUGACUCUGUUGCGUCUGUGGUAAGAAAGGAGUUUGAUACACAGCUUCAGGGCAACAUGAGAGAAAGGAACAAGUUCUUGGCAAGAGAAGCAGCCUCUUUGAAGUAUUUGGCUGAGGAAUUUUCAAUCCCAGUUAUCUUGACGAAUCAGAUUACAACCCAUCUGAGCAGAGCCCUAGCUUCUCAGGCAGACCUGGUGUCUCCAGCUGAUGAUUUGUCCCUGUCUGAAGGCACUUCUGGAUCUAGCUGUUUGACGGCUGCGCUAGGGAACACCUGGAGUCACAGUGUGAACACCCGGCUGAUUCUCCAGUACCUUGGUUCAGAGAGAAGACAGAUUCUCAUUGCCAAGUCCCCUCUGGCACCCUUCACCGCCUUUGUCUACACCAUCGAGAAGGAAGGCCUGGUUCUUCAAGACCAACAGAGGCCAUAGGGACACUAUGACCUUUGUCUCGAGCUGAUGGGGGCGUGAUUUGUGAAAUGAAACAGGACCCGGCUGCUUGGAAGAAGGAAACGGAAGCCAACAUAAUGGGGAUUAAUUAGUUGAUUGCUGUUGAGAUGGUAACAGAUUUGCCCCCCCCCACAACCCUUUACCAUUGAGCCAGCCAUCUCAGACCUAGCAGGGAAGGUGAAGAUGAAGAGGCCUUUGUUCAGGUCUCUAGAUGCUUGGGGCUCAAGGCUUUGCCGCCAUGGGAUGGCAACAGCCAUAAUAAUAAUUUGCACUUAUAUAGCACCUUUCAACCAGGCACCUCAAAGCGGUUUAACCACAUUAAUUAAUUAAAGCCCACAAUCCCCCUGGGGAGAAGAAGAGGAUGACUAACAGGAUUUGUAAUUACAGGGGGAACAUUUCCGAAUAAAGUAUUGUCCACCAAAUAAAAAGAGUAGGUGUAAAGGAAUUGGGGUCUCCAAAGAGUAACUGAUUCAGAAAUGAAGUCUUGGAGGAUGGGGAGGCUGAGGGAGGGCAUGGGCGUGGGGGUCUGCUCUUGUGUCAGAGGGAGGUCAGUGGGCUCAGAAUUCAUUGACAGGUUCGGAUCCAACUGAGAAGCGGGACACGUAUGGUAUUAGUGGUAUUUGGAAGGUCAUUAGCGGUACAUGUAUUGUGGUGUAAAUUCAAGUUUCACUGGUAUAUUGUAUAGAGCCCUGCAGAACAAAGAGUGAGAUUCAUGCAGUGUUUAAUAAAGGAUGAAAUGAUUUCUU